CCUGUUCUGGCGUUUUCAGUAGGGGUAUCCUCUACAUCUUUCCAUGGUCCUGAUGAAGAAACUUAAUUGUUUCUGGACAUUAAGUCUAUGGUUGUUAGCCAGCAAACUUCCCAAGACAUUGGGCAAAAGUCUCAAGGUACCAUCUAUCUAUGACCAGAAAUUUAUACACGAGGUUGUCGACAGCCAUAAUGAACUUCGAAGCAAGGUCAACCCCCCGGCAGCCAAUAUGAACUACUUGUAUUGGGAUAAGAAAUUAGCAAAAGUGGCUGAAUCAUGGAGUAAAAAGUGCCAAUUUGCUCAUAACCCCUGUACUAGUAAACGACAUGGAUGCAUUAAAGAUUAUGACUUUCUUGGAGAAAACAUAUAUUUAGGUGGAAUACAAACUACACCAAAACAUAUGAUUACAUAUUGGUAUAAUGAAAGUCAACAUUAUAAUUUUGAGACCAUGGCAUGUUCUAAAGUUUGUGGACAUUAUACACAGGUAGUUUGGGCCAAUUCACUUAGAGUUGGGUGUGCAAUUUCAAAUUGUCCUAAACUGGGAACCUCAACUGGACUAUUUGUAUGUAAUUAUUCACCACCAGGAAAUUAUAGAGACACCAAGCCUUACAUAAAAGGAGAGUUCUGCUCCAAGUGUACAACAAGUGACUGCCAAGAUAAUCUCUGCCGUCACAACAUUGGAAGAGCAACUCAGCAGAGAGCAUGCCAUCUACUCAUGCUAGGUUUUAUUCUUCACAGAAUAUUUUAAUUGUCAUUUUUAUUGAGAAAAAAAUUUUAAAUGCUACAAUAAA